AUGACCAAACCUAAACCUAGAAAGACGGUAUCGUUUAAAUCUGUUUCUGAUCAAGGUGUCAAAGGAACUGAUGGUACCAAUACUGAUGAGGCAUUAUUGUUUCCUACAAAGAAUACAAUGUUGUUAUUACCAUUACAUUUACCUGCUCUUGCUUUAUUCACAUUUAAAGAACUUAAAUCAAAUCCAUUGAAUGGAUUAUUGCAAGGAAUUCCUACAUUGAUUGCAGCCCAAGUGGCAUAUGGGUGCCUUAUUACAACUCAAUUCCAAUCAUCGAGAUCGAAAAAGGCAGGUAAGAGAGAAAAAGAAUCAGAAAAUACACCAUUACUUUUGAUUGGUUCUUUAAUCAUUUCACUUAUUCUUACUACUCCACUCUUUGCAAUUGUAAUCCUUUUUGGUGCUCCAUUGUAUGCUCAUGUAUAUGAGACAUUCUUAUUGUGUACACAUUUGGCACUUGUUAUAUUUUAUCCAAUUUUAGUUGGAUAUAAAUUAAAUUUUAACGCCUUGAUUCGUUCAUUCUCGCCAACUAGUAAGGAUAAAGUACUACAAAUAGUAUACAAGAAUCAAAUCUUACUUUCUUCAAUUGGUGGAAUUGUUGGUACUUGGUUUGGAGUAUUCCCAAUUCCUCUUGAUUGGGAUCGUGAUUGGCAACAAUGGCCAAUUACUCUCCUUAUCGGUGGAUAUGGCGGGUAUUUUCUUGGAAGUAUUAUAGCUUUACUUAUUGGGAAUUAA